ACGCUGUAACCACACGCGACCUCAACAGUCCACGUUAUCGUCUCGUCGUUUUCGUCUCGCUGCAUAUACUUACUCGGAAUUGCUUCAAAUUUUAAUACAAAAUCAAUUUCGUAUUCAACAGUGAUUUUUUCCCCAUUUAAAAUGAACAAAAUAAGAUCCGGUGUGAAGUAAUCAACAGCGCCAUAUUCAAGUUGGACUUGUUUGUACACAGACGUGAUUGCCGCUCCAAACUGUAUAAUUACUGUGUGAUAUUCCCAGUGAGAUGUUGGGGGAAAGUGUUGAUUAACAGGUUGACUAUAAACGUUACUUUAGACUUAUUGCGAAUGUGUAUUGAAACGUUCAUCGCUAUCCACGGGCGCACUGCUAUGCGCCACGACUUGGUGCAUUUCAUAAGACACACUUCCUCUGACCACUACUGCGAAGGAAAGCUUUAGUUUUUCCGUAGGGUCGCAAUUGAUGGCGUUUCUCAGCAUCCAAAGCGAUUGGUAUAUUUGUUUCUGGCUUAUUUAUUGCAAAAUCUAUUCAGCUAUUAUAUGGGUAUUCGGUAAUCACUGCCGCGGUACUGAUAAGGCUCGUUCAGUGAUAAACACUGGUGUUAGCGUGCAGUCGCCUGGAGGCCUUUGUAGAGUGCGCACGCGUCGCCGCAAGCCACAACAGCAGCUCCGAUAUAAGCACAUAGUUGCGUUAGCAAGGAGACCUUCCCUCAGAAGAAUAGUGAUGGCACCAGGAGCCAGCGCCGCGCACGCUAUGAUGGAGGACAAAGAGAAAACCCUCCACGCUACCGUGGCCCUGCACACUCGGCGUAUCAGCCAGUUUGCACCACUAUUGAUUGCGCUGGUGGGUCUACCGGCGAGAGGAAAGAGUCAAGUCGCUCAUCGUCUUUCGAGACAUCUCAACUGGAAUGGAGAGAGCACAAAAGUGUUCGACUGUAGUGAGUACCGGCGCCGUCAUAUGGCCCUGUACGGUAGCCACGACAUCUUCCGUGCGGACCAUCAGCAGGGCUCUGCCAUCCGACGGCAGAGCGCUAGAGAGGCCGUGCAAGAUGCCGUGCUCUGGCUCAAAGAUGGGAACAGUGUCGCUAUAUUUGACGGCACCAACAUAACGAAGGAACAGCGUCAAGAGUUGAACGAGUACUGCCUCUCAGAUAUGGGCUUUAGGAUCCUAUUCAUUGAAUGCGUCUGCGAGGAUCAAGAGUUACUCGAGAGGAACAUUAUAGAGAUACUCCACUACUCUGCGGAUUACAAGAACAUGAGCGAGGAAGAAGCAGUGGAUGAUUUGAGGAAGAAAUUGGAGCAUUACAUGAGACAAUACGAGCCCAUUGACGCGGGUUUGGAGGAUAUUAGUUUUGUCAGAGUGGAAAAUAUGGGAGAAACAGUGACAGCCCAUAGAGUUGCCGGCCAGAAGGAGUCAGGCAUACUCGGAUAUUUGUCCUGCAUGAGAGCUUUGCCUCAAACAUUGUAUUUCACUCGGCACGGUGAGAGCGAAUACAACGUACUCGGUCGUAUCGGUGGUGAUGCGUCUCUGUCUGCGCGCGGGCAGCUAUAUGCUAGUGCUUUGGCCGACCACAUGAACGCAGUGGGAAGCCGAGAGCCGCUCACCGUGUGGACAUCAGAGUUGCGUCGCACCAAGCAGACUGCCGCCGACAUAAGAGCACCAAAGAGGGCUGUCCGAGCGCUCAAUGAAUUGGAUGCAGGCAUCUGCGAAGGGCUAACCUACGAAGAGAUGCAGGAGAGAUUCCCUCAGGAGUUUGCAUGGCGUGAUCAGGACAAACUGCGGUACCGCUAUCCUUGGGGCGAGUCAUAUAUAGAUAUUAUGACGCGGCUGCGACCCGUUCUGUCUGCCUUGGAAGAUGAACAUAACGUUGUGGUGGUGGGACACCAGGCUGUCUUGCGAUGCAUGCUUGGAUAUUUCCUCGACGCUAAACUUGAUGAACUCCCUUAUAUGACUGUGCCGUUACACACCAUAGUGAAGCUGACCUCGUAUGGAUACAAGUACAAAGUGGAGAUGAUCAAAAUGCCCAUUGAAUGUGUGGACACGCACCGCAAGCAACCCAUGAACUGCUCCAUCACGAGGAGUGCUUCCGAAGCUCUGACAACGGUGCCGUCUCAUUACGACACCCUUCCCUCUAACUUAUGGCAGAACACAGCUGAGGCACAACUUUAAACCUCUCAGCCGCCGGCCCUUCGGCCACACAGUGAACUUAGCACAUCAGCAUUAGAAGGGUCACCCGUGAUGUUAUGAUGUAAUGUCUGAGCCCAUCGGGGCAUCGGCCACUGUGCCCACGGCUGUGAAACGCCUUGGAUUGCACACGACGCCACGCCAAGAAGUUACAGGAGACUUUGCAAUCCUACCCACGAAAGACAGUAGUGUGUUACUUCGCGCGUGUGAAACCGCGUCGAGUAUAGAGUUUACUUAAUAUGUAGAUUAAGAUUAAUUAAUUAUUUGAUUUACACUCGGACGUUGAACGUCAUCCAUUGAUCUGCGAUCAUACGAUAGCUCAAUUGUAAUUGUACAAAUUUUCAUGUGCGAAUUUUAAAUAUUUAGCUUCCAAUUAUACGUAUUUAUAAGACUGAAAAAAAUAAUCCAUGAUCAGAUCGAGUAAAAUUCUUCAAUUUUAACAAAAUAUAUAAUUAAUAAAAUGUUUAUCUUUUUAAUUUAAGUAGGUUUGUGGAUAGCUCCCUAUUUUAUUAAUUCGUGUUCUUGUUCUUUUUUUUAUAGAAUAGUCAACUUACACGUAAAUAUUUACUUACUUUUGAAUAAAAUGUAUAAUGCAUUAUAUAAAUAAGAAUAUUUUUGUAAGCACUUAUAUAACGUAAAUUUAAUAAUAAUAAAAAUAUGUGUUUCGUUCUAACAUAAUAUAAUACAAGUUAUUACGAAUAAGUUGAAACUAAUUGUAAAUUGUUUUAUUUUCAGGGUUUGGUUUUUAAGAUAAUUUAAUAAGUAUUAGAUGGUUUUAGUGAUAAGCCGGGAUAUGCUUCGCAAUUUUAAUACAAAGUUACGAAGGGUUCAUGCUAUCAACUUGCUUACUUAUUAUAUUUAAGUUAUAAAGUAUCAACGAUACUGGUCAAUUAUAUAUAAGACUUUUGUCGGUGUUGUUCACUUAAUACAAUGGGACACUCUUCUGCUAUGGUCGAUUCGUCUAUUAUAAAUCUGUUUUCUUUUUAUUAGAUACUAUUUUGAUCUAGAAUAUCAUGGAAUUAUUUAUAAGAUGUAAGGUAAACAAUAAAAAAAUGUUGUUAGUAGAAUGUAAUCAUUCUCAAGUUAAAUGACAAUCUCAAAACUGUUUUUGUAUGAAUAAAAGUAGGGCAAUUUACU